GGUAGAGGGCGUCGCCAGUCCUGCCCACGCACGCCUGCUGUUUGCCGCCGUCUGGGUAGACGUUACGUUGUCGUGCGUUGUCGUCGUUAGUUGCCCUUGCGAGAAUGGUUGUGUUACAUGGCCGACGUGCUUCGCAAGCUGCCGCUGGUCCUCCUUGUGGUGAUUCUGCUUCUCGUUGUCGUCUUUGUUCAGGUGUGCAUAUUGGGGAGGUUGCCUUCACGUACUUGCAGGAAUCGAGGGGUGAGGAAGAGCGUGGCCAUGGACGGGCGGCAGCCGAAUCUUGCCACAUUGUCGGACACUUAUCCCAGCCACCGGCCUGCGAUCUGUACCGGUGUAGACAGAAGAACUCAGGUCCGUCGCCGUACGAAGGACUCCCGCCUCACAUGCAACCUCUGCCCGAUUCGGACGAGGGGGAGGCGGACGUGGACGUGUCCAACACAGUUCCGCUGGGUAGCGGGUCGACCCAGGAAUGGAUGGGUAGCCAGUUGUAUGAUCGGCGCGGAGCGAAGUACAGGCAGUCGUUCACUUCCCUCCUCCACGAAGGUGCCCAAGACGAGGAACGCCUCCCCCCUGUGGAUCUCACAAUUGGCCUGCGGAGCGGGAGCCCAUCUUCUGCCACGCGCACUGUGCUCGUGAACCCUCAUCCCAACGACGACGCGGGGCAGGUGACAUUGGUCGGCAGGCGCACGAGGGGUGGUUCUGCACCUCAGGAGACGUCCGAGAAGGCAAGGGAGCGGCCUCGAGUGCAGGCGACUUCUGGACCGUCAAUUCCACGCACCACCGGUGGUCGCCCUGAGUGGAUGAACCCCCCUCCUGUGUUCUCCAGGGGUCGAAACACUGUUCCUCGUCCAGUUGAAAGGGGUGUGAGUGAGGAAGACUUCCCUUUCGAGGGCGCGCAUGGAGAUGGUAGGCGGGUAUGGAAGGAGUCGAGGCAGGAGUUGCGGCGACAACAAGAAGAGUCCAUAACGCAAGGUGUGCAGCGAUUACGCGUGGGCGAGCGGGCCGGGCAAGCAGACGCGGUUGGUGGGGGGGGUGACGUCUGGACAGACGGUGACGAAGUUCAGUGCGACGCUGAGGAGGACGACAACGGUGACGUGUUCCCGUUGCGUGCGCCGAACAUGGGUGGCAGGGGCGGCAGAGGCAGGGCUUCGACGAAUGCUGGGCGGAGGUGGAAGAGGUCGUCGGCGACCUCUGCUGAUGCGGAAGGUGAGGGGGAUGAGGAGGGUGGCCGAAAUUUCUGGUCUGUGGAUCACAUGGUGGCCCUCAUAAGGGCGAAGCGGGAUCUGGACGCCCAGCUGCAAGCGGCGGGGCACGCAUUCGCAUGGAUGCGGUCGAGGGAGUGGAAAUGGUUGGACGUCCGGGAGAGGUUGCUGAAGGUCGGUGUUGAUAGGCCGACAGACAAAUGUGGGAAGAAAUGGGAUAAUCUCAUGCAACAGUUCAAAAAGAUCCACACUUUCAUGGGCAUCUCGGGGAAGGAGGACUUCCUUCAAUUGACGAGUCAGCAGAGGGCAGAGAAAAGAUUUAGCUUCAACAUGGAUCGGGCCGUCUACGAGGAGAUCAAAGGGGCAAAGGAGAGGAGCCACACUAUCAGCCCGAGCAAUGUUGCAGACACCGGUGCCGCAGGAGGUGUGCAACUCCCAUCUGCACAGUCGGCGACUCCGAAAUCUGUGGGGGACGGGGAUGCCGCUGGAGAUGGCAACGACGAAGACGACAGCUCAGCGCGUGGGGGCUCACAGACGACUGGAAGUCCGACCGGUUUCAGGAAGAGGAAAAACGUGCGGCAGCAGAUAUUCGAGGCCUUAAGCGAGUGCAUGGAGAAGCAUGGGGCGUUGAUGGCGUCGACGAUGGAGAGCGCGAGUAGGGGCCAAUGCGAGGCGAUGGAGAGCGCGAGCAAGAGGCAAUGCUCCAUUCAAAUUCGGCAGUGUGAGGCUAUCGAAGCGAAGGUGGAGGUCCAGAAGCAACACUGUGUUGCGUCUAAUAAAGUUAGCAAGCUUAUGUGUCAUGCGCUGCUGGAAAUAGCGAAGGCUAUACGAGAGCGUCGUGUGGUUGUCGUCUCUUCGUCAUCGCCAUCAUCGUUGUCUGUCUUCUCGGCGAUGACGAAUACUCGCAACUCUGGCAAGGGGAAAAGGGGGAGGGAUUCCCAGAAAAUGGAAGCUGCCGGCGUCGUGAAGCGGGGGAGGCAUCACGCGAAGAAGCCCAAGGCAUCAAGCGGCAGUGCUCUGGUGAUCGGGAGGUCCGCGCGGGAAGAGUGGGUUACCAAGGCCAGCAGCGGACAGGACGACGAUUUCGAAUCGGAGGCGGACACGUUUCAUGGGAGGAAAGGGACCUUGCGUGAAUUGUCGAAUGCGCGAAUGGUGAGCGGAGAGGAAGGUGUCGACGGUGGUAAAGAUGGGGGUCACGAGGUUGCGCGAGGCAAGGGUGAGGCGGGCGGCGGCGUGGGAGGCGGUGUUGCUGCCAGGGAGGAGCGUGGCCAGCCGACGACCCCUGGCAUGCGCGGUGCCGUGCCGUCGAAGGACGUCCAGGCCGCCCAGGACGUCGGUAAACACCCGCCAAUGCGGGCGCCUUCAAACCCAGCGACGCCCACGGCGGGACAGGCGAGAAGGGAUGAAGGGGCGGGGGUGAAUGCGGCAGUCAGGGGACAACUUGCGACGCGAAAAGGAAGCCGCAGCGGUGGGGGCUGUCGUUGGCAGAGGCGAUCCGGAAACCUGGCGGCUCUGGAGGCGAAAGCGAAACUGUGGGUGGACGAUCUGCAUUUCUGGAAUGAGACGGAGGGGCAUGGGAUGUUCAAGAUCAUCCAAGAGACGUGCCUGCACCUCAUCGCCAUCGCAAAGGGUGUGAAACCGUCGGAGAUCAGAAAAAGCAUUGUCCUCCCGAACGCCACGAUCCCUCGGCAGAAGCUGAAAGACGUGUCGGAGUUGGGGGCCGCGAAGGAGAGGGCUUCGAGGGUGCAGACCAUAGCAUUGCGCAUCAUCCAUGGGUGGAUCUUCAAGUCCCCCAAUCGCGCGCGCGGGUACCACUGCUCCUAUGGCUAUGUGCUGAACCACGUUGCCACAGACCUCGCCCGCGCCAUCUGGUUUGGAGAGGACUGGCGGGUAUGUGUGAGUCCGGCGGUCGUCCAUAACACUUUAGAGCUUCAUAUGAAGCUCCCCAUCUGGUACGUAGGUGGCGUCAUACACGACAGGCACGAGGAGGACGAAAUGGCGUCGUAUCAGGAGUCCACAACGCAGCGUCUGGUGGGAGCUUUCACGAAUGCUGUUGACAUGGGGGAGGGGGUAGACGGCGGGCGGAUAUCGUACGAGAGGCUGAGGAACGUGGCAGACUGCAUGCGCCUUUUGCUGUCUGCCGCCAUGUGGAUCAUGCGGAUGGCGGGAGAUAAUCUCCGUUCGCAUUUUGAGGCGUCCCAUCUCGUGGAGCUCAUUGCGAAACCGACGCUCAUUGCGUCGCUGCAUGGCUCGUUCGACGCGCGCCGCCAUGUUCUGCAGUGUGUCAAUGCAGCGCUGUGGACGACGACAAGAGGUGACCGCGCACAGCCACCCGCCGGUGCUGCUAAUGAUGACGAUGAUGUUGACGAUGAUGACGUUGAUGAUGACGAUGAUAAUGGUGACGAUGAUGAUGAUGGUGACGACAACGAUGAUGAUGAUAACGAUGUUCAUGAUGAUGAUGACGAUCGUGAUGCUGUCGAUCGUGAUGAUGACGGUGACGAUGAUGAUGGUGAUGAUGAAGAUGAUGAUGAUGAUGAUGAUGAUGACGAUGUUCAUGAUGAAGAUGAUGAUGAUGACGAUGAUGAUGAUGACCAUGAUGAUGACGAAGGUGGUGAUGGUGACGACGACGAUGGUGGCGACGACGAUGAUGUCGUCAAUGAUGAUGGGGAUAGGAGCUGGCAUGGCGUGUGAAUAGCGGUUGCGCGCGUUUCGUACACUGUCUUCUACUUCCUUUGCGUCGAGCCGUUUCUUGUUGUAAAAGCGGUUGCCGAGUAGGGGUGAGAGCUCGGUUUCAUAAAGCUGACAGCAAAGUGCUGUCGACAUGCACGUCUUUUCAUUAAAGGGGCCACUCAUUGUCAACUGUGCGGUGUCAUUAACGUCCAUCAUGUCCAUGUGCAUCAUUGAUGCUAAUUUGAUUUCGUGUGUUGUGGCGAACGUUCCUUUUAUAUCGCACUCGUGUUUUCUUAUGUUUGUUCUUUCUGAUUGCAAAGCUUCCAUGUAAAGCUGUGGGUGAUAAGGUGCAUGAAUUCUGUGUGAGAGAUUGACGUUUUCACUCAGUGACCUUCUUUCUCCUGCACUCAUCGUUCAACCAUUCACAACACUUUGACGAAGAUGAAGACGAAUGAUUGGCAACAGAAAAUAUGUACUCCAACAUUUGGACCAAGGACAUAUGUGAACUCAAAUGAAUGCUAUCAUCAAUG